AUGAGCCUGCUUCCGUCCCCGUCACGAUCACCACCGCUGUACAGCGAGAAGCAACACGGCGGGAAUGGAAGGAGUAGAAAGACGGGUUUGAGGAGUCGCGGGACGCAGCUGUUGGCACUCAGAUUUGGGUGGGUGGUGUUGGUGGUCUGGUUCGAGGUCGGCGAGUUCUUCUCCUCGCUCUCAUCAUGUCGCUUUCCCGACGCGGCCCUUCGCCAUACCCGCUCACCCAAACCCUCUCCCCCGCCGACGCACGUCGUGCUCAUCGCCGAUCCGCACGUCUCACAUCCGCGGUUCUCCUACUCGCCCGAUUCGAAUCCCUGGAUCAAUGCUCUGCGGCAGGUGUUUGAUGAGCUGUUUAUGCGCAAGUCGUGGAACAUCGUCAUGCGGUUGGGCAAGGUGGACCAUGUGAUCAUGCUGGGGGAUAUGCUGGAUUGGGGAAGAGGGGUGAUGGAUGAGGAAGAGUACGCGCAAUACCACAACAUCUUUCGAUCCAUCUUUCAACUCCCGCCUUCGAUACCCAUGCACUUUGUCCCGGGUAACCACGAUCUGCCGCUCGGACCUCAUCGCUUCUUUUCGCCCCACGCAAGAGAUCGGUACACCCGAUACUUUUCGCCGCCAAAUCAGGUCAUCUCUAUAGCGAAUCACUCGCUGGUGCUAUUGGACGCUGUAGGGCUGGUGGAAGAGGAUUAUCGGCGGUAUGCUGCGGAGAUGCAGUUUGGGGAGUGGGACGGAAUAGAGGGGGGCGUGAUUGAGUUUGUGAAGGGUGCUGCGGAGGAAAUUGCAGGAGGAGCGAACAUUCUCAUUUCGCAUAUACCGCUUGCGCGCCCGGAGCGGUCGCAGUGCGGGCCAAAUCGGGAGUUUGGGCGGAUACAAAAGGGCGCGGGGCCAGGGUAUCAGAACCUUUUGGGGAGUGAGACAAGUCGGUUCUUGCUGGAGCAGCUGAAGCCGGAGGUGGUCUUUAGCGGUGACGAUCAUGACUACUGCGAACACACACAUCCCAAUCACAUUCGCGAAGUCACCGUGAAAUCCUUCUCUUCCUCCACCGGGAUCCAACGCCCAGGAUUCCAACUCCUCUCCCUCAUCCCACCCCCCGAGUACCCCUCGUUCCCUCCCGAGCCCACCUAUGCCGACCGGCAGUGCACCCUUCCGGACCAAGCCGGCGUCUACUCCCGAGUCUACUUUCCCUUCAUUUGCAUCACCAUCCUCUACAUCUUCUUCACCAAUAUCCGCCAAGCAUGGAUCAAGUGGAACGCAGUGACGGACCGGACCGACAAGCCUUAUGGCGAAAAGGGUCGGUCGUCUCCCAGUCCGUCGGUGGAAGUUGCCCGGCGGUAUGCGGAUCGACCUGUCGCCCUGACGCUUCCCAGUCGGCGGUCCAGUGCCCAUCUUUCCACAUUGCAGCCGCACGGCGGCGCGUCCACCUCGCGGCAGUUGCACAUGACGAGUCGCCCACCCUCGCCCAAUCUCAGUAAUCGCUCCGCACCUGUAUCGCCCUUUGGCAGUCCUCGCCCAUCUUUUGCGGACGAAGAGGCGGAUAUCACACUCGACACUCCCAAUCUAUCCCGCCGAUCUAGCUUCAUCUAUAUGAACGGAACAUCCUCUACAUCCACCCCGUCGUCCUACUUUUCCAGCCGCGAGCCAUCUGGGAAUGCCGGGCUGGGGCUAGGUCUGGGUCUGGCUACGCCUACCGGUCUGAAUCCUUAUCCCGGCUCCCACGUCACACCCAAUCUACGGCGUACAUCCAGCAACACCCCUUCCUAUUCUUCUCACUCGCCUACCCCGCCCCCGAACGCCGCACAAAAUCGGAGAGUCACCAUGCCCCGGCAUCUCAGCGCGUACAACUCGGACUCGGACCGCGAGUCGAAAAAGGCGCGGCAACCCGCUCCGAACUACCUCCCUGUGCUUUCUCUGACGGAUGGUCAGAAUCGGUCAGGGUUCAGAGGGACGGUGCUGAGUGCGUGGGAGAGAUUGAGGGGGUAUAUGAGGUGGGCGUGGAAGAUGCGGAAUAGUGUGAUUGUACGGAGUCUGUGGGAGGUUUGGGGUGUGGCGUGGGUCGUGGCGGUAGCGUGGGUGGUGGUGAACGGGUUGUUCUUCCUGGGUUAG